AAUGUCCGGUACUUCUGGUAACAACUAUCCUCAGAGGCAGCAUCCUUCAAAUCUUAUUGACCCUUUCGACGAUUCUGUCGAAAAUUCCCAAAGUACUGACAAUUUGUCAGUCCCGCAAGCUGCUGCUAUACCAUCUUUUAGACCUUACUUCUCUCAAA